AUGGCUUCCUAAGCAGUUGCCUCUGGAAAAAGGGAAUUGGAGACAAGCUUGAUCAAUUUGCCUUUGCGAGCACACAGGGCCCGCCGGCUCACACAGGAGCGCCCCUUCCCUCACAUAUUCCUAAAGGCAGCUAGCUCCCAGGCAGACACACCCACACACAAGAGGGCACUGGCUCCAUGAGGGCCACAGAUAACCACCCCCUGACUAUCCCUGCAGCGCCAUCCUCUGAGCAGGAGCUCCUGCAGGCUCCCUCCGGCGGCAGGUAGAUCUAGUCCCAGGCGGCGGAGUGCAGCAGGUUCUCAGAUGAGUGUGACUCUGGUCCCGUUCCAGAGCUGGCCACAGAGCACAGAUCACAGCCCACCCCCUCAGGACCCAAGCAAGGGCCCUUCCUCCUCCCGGGGCAUGGCGCCCUCUUGACCUUUGCUCAUUUGCAGUUUAUGUCACACUGAGCCUCUGCACCUGCUAAAAAGGAAAGCUAGGGCACAGCUCAGCUCAGGAGUGCCAUUCACUGGCAGCCAGGAGCCAGGAGUCUGGCAUUUCCAGUACCUGUUGUUGAUCUUUGACCCCUGCCCCUCCCACCUUUCUUCCCUGCUGGUCUCUCCUGUUUUCGGUUUUCUCACUUCCCUGGCAACCUAGCUCUGACUGGUUUAUCCCAGCUCCUUGCCCAGGCCAUUCCUUCCAUGCUGUCUUCAAACCCUGAUUCCUGCACCUCUCCCAACCCUGACAGGGAGAACUCAAGUAAGAAGGUCCAGUGGGCUUCUGGGAAGAGGAGGACGUCAUCCACAGACUCAGAGUCAAAGUCCCACCCCGACCCGUCCAAGGCGCCCAGGUCCCGGAGACCGAGCCGGCUGACGGUGAAGUAUGACCGGGGGCACCUCCAGCGCUGGCUGGACAUGGAGCAGUGGGUGGAUGCGAAGGUUCAGGAGCUCUUCCAGAACUUUGUCCAGCAGAUUCCAGUCACCUCAACCCUGAAUUCUGAUCUCUGUCAUGUCAACGUAGCAAGACCACUGUGCUCUGCUUGGAUUCUCUCUCUCUGCUCUCUUGUCUGGAAAUGGCCUCUAGAAAGCAAUUCAGGGAUCAACCAACCCCUUCUGAGCUGGAGAUUGACCUGGAAGCCCUCAUGGAACUAUCCACAGAGGAGCAGAAAACUCAUUUGGAGGCUCUUCUCCGAGACUGUCCCAGCCCCACAGAGCCUUUUAUCUCCGAACUGCUCAGUCAACUCAAGAAACUCCGGAGACUCAGUCGGCCUCAGAAAUAAGACUUGUGACACUACAUUUAGCAGCCUCAGCACCGUCAGGCCUGCCCCGAGCCUCUGAUUCCGGGCUGAGAGGGAAGUGGCUCCUUGGAACAUGGACAAGGAACAUUGGAAGAUGAGGUCACACGUGCCACCCCUGUUGUAUGUACAGUCGCAGCUAGUUCUUGUCAGUUGGGCUUUCUGGGAGCCAGUCAUGGCUGCUGCCCAGUGUUUUCCUUGACAGCCAAGUGGAUAAAACCUUUCGGAGUCCCAGCUGAA